AUGAAAUUUGCAACUCUGCUCCUCCUUGCCAUCCAGAUUGGCUUGGCUUCACUUUGUGUCUUCCAACGAGAAGAUAUUGCAAAAGUAGGAAAAAGCUUGGGUUUUAAAGUAGGAUUGACAGAAGCCGGUUGCUUCGCUGAGUGCCUCAGUGACAAGAGAUGCACCAUCCUCUUCUAUUAUGAUACUGGACUAUGUCAACUUUAUUCUGACGGUGAUGACGAGUACAUUUCAAAGUCAGACAAAGUUACAUGCUAUUCUCUUCAUCGCCAGCAAGAGAAGCCAUCUCAAUACACAAAGAUCGUGACCUUCACCAGAAAGGACUCAGCUUGGGUUGCAUAA